AUGAGUUUCUGGAAUAUAUUCAGCAAAAUUCAAACAAUCUUCGUGCCAAAGAAGAGCAACAUAUACCUGAGCCAGUUCCUUGCUCCCACAAAUGCAUUGAUCAAGCAUAACUUCUUGAAUACAACCUUCAAUAAUUUUCUUCUUAAACACCUUUUUGAAGAGUUUGCUGAUUCCUAUUCAAGACAGGAAAUUCUUGGUUCACUAGUUACUCAUGUGGGCUCUGCUGUUAGUUUUGAAGUUAGUUCUGCUCAGCAGAUUAUGGCUUCACUUGCCACAAAACAUGCAAGGGAACUCAUUCCACUUUCUUCUCAUAUAAAUGGAAUCCUGGACUACUUGGAGGGAUUGACUGUAGAAAGUCUUUAUAAGGUUUAUGAGGUCUUCAGCCAUAUGACACUGCUAGCUCGCUCUAACGUUGACUGUCUGAGCUCUUCCAUGGCGAAUGAACUUUUUAUAAUUGUUCGGAGGCAGGUCAGUCAUCCAGAUCUGAAGUACAAAAAGAUGGGUCUAAUUGGAAUCUUGAAAAUAGUUUCAUGUCUAGGAGGAGAAAGUAAUGCUACUUUAUCAUCACAAUUUGAGGUAGGACCUAGAAUCAGUGUAAGCCCCUAUCUAAGCAAAAUCAGCGAAUCUGGUUUUGCUAAUCCAAUUACUUUUGUCGCCAUUGACGACCUGGCAAAAAAGUCCAAAGAGAACAAAAGACAAUCUGAGAAUUUCAGUGUGAGUGGGCGACUGCUCAAGGAAACUCUCUCUCCGACGGACGAAAUGGUUUCAGGUGCCGCGGCAGUCGACUCCACCCGCAACGCUACUGCCGGCAUCACUCGUUUGAUUCGAGGACUCGAUUCUCUUGAAACCCGAGAGCAGUCUCUAGACAUUCUCUGCAAGAAUAGACACACUUGUGAGAAUUUGGCAAUUUUAUUAUGGAAUUCUUUUGGCACUAUGAAGGUCCUUUUAGAGGUAAUAACUUCAGCUUACCGUCCAUUAUUAUCCGAUACCAUCACAGACAAAGCGGUAACACAAGUUUGCAAUGCCAUAGCGCUUCUCCAGCCUGUAGCUUCUCACCCUGAUACAAAGAUGGCAUUCGUCAGAGCCACUAUGCCAGUGUAUCUUUACCCCUUCCUGAACACCAUGAGCAGUGAAAGGAACUAUGAAUGUCUAAGGCUCACCAGCUUAGGUGUCAUUGGCUCACUAGCAAAGGUUGAUGAUCCAGAUGUGGUCGAAUACCUUCUUUCUACCCAGAUAUUUCCUAGUUGCCUACGCUGCUUGGAGUUUGGCAGGACAUUGUCAAAAACAGUUGCCACAUUUAUAAUUUACAGAAUCUUACUGAAUGAGAAAGGUCUCAAGUACUGUUUCAUUCUUGCGGAACGAUAUCUUGCUGUAAGCCAAUGUUUGGCGAAAGUGAUCGAAAGUCUCGGUGAAGAAGAUGAUGAAAAUUUGCCGCGCCUGCUGAGGAACAUCAUCGGUUGUUAUCUCAGGCUAUCGGAAAACCAAAGGACACGACAACAAUUGUCAAGCUACGUUCCGUGGAAGUUGAUGGAGUACAAAUAUGUCAAUAUCCUCCAAGGUGAUCCAGAAUCCCUUGGCAACCUACGACGAUUGAUUCACAAUCUAAAAUUCACCCACAGCCCUGCAACUCGAUCUACCAGCCAGUCGCAGGGGCCGUUCAUUCGAUGA